AUGUUCAUGCUCAAGAGUCUCGUCAUUGCUUUGGCGAGCAUUGGCUCUGUAGCCCUCGCAAAGCCCAGUACUCGCCUCAUCCAGAAACGUGACGUUUCCAGCAUUGUUGCCAAUCUGGCAGAGCUGACAACCGCCGUCAGCUGGAAUGUGGGUAACAUAAGUGCCUACCAGGGAGGGUUGGAUGGUGCCAUUUUGUUUCCCCUCAUCACCGCUAGCAACCUCGUCGAUACUGUCCUCCACACGACCACCAUCGACAUCGUGGCCCACGCCUCUUUUAGCGAGGACGACAGCCAGACCCUGAUAUCCACUCUGACUCCUCUCGUGAGCCUCUUGAAGACUACUCUUGAAACUCUAAACGCGAAACAAUCACUGUUCAGAGCUGCUAAUAUCCAUGGCAUUGUUCUCGACUCCAUCAAGAAGCACAGUGCGGCUGAGGACUUGGUCUACGUGAAGCUUAUUGAGAAGGCGACGUUGGGCACCCAAAAUACUUUCCAGAGCCUCCGCGUGGAGCUCGAAACGAUAUAUAACGUAGUCGUGGCCGCUUACUCUGCCGUCUGA